GAAAACGGCUCAGCUGCCUUCCUGAGAGCCUGCAGAGUGUGUGAAGAGGAAGACAGAAAUGGCCUCCACCUUCAGCCCCAGAGAGUGUAAAUUGUCCAAACAAGAGGGCCAGAACUAUGGCUUCUUCCUGCUUAUUGAGAAGGACACUAAUGGCCACCUGGUCCGGGUGAUCGAGAAGGGGAGCCCCGCAGAAAAAGCAGGGCUCCUGGAUGGGGACAGAGUUCUCAGGAUCAAGGGUGUCUUUGUUGAUAAGGAAGAGCACACACAGGUGGUGGAUCUGGUCAGAAAGAGCAGGAAUUCAGUGACUCUGAUGGUUCUGGAUGGAGACUCCUACGAGAAGGCUAUAAAAAAACAGGUGGACUUGAAAGAAUUGGAUCUGAGCCAGAGGGAGCCAGCUUUGAAUGAUAAGAAACCAGGUCCUGUGAUGAAUGGGGCAGUGGAGACGUGCGCCCAGCCAUGGCUCUGCUACCUGGUGAAGGAGGGCAGCAGCUUCGGCUUCUCUCUGAAAACCAUCCAAGGCAAAAAGGGCGUGUACCUGACUGACAUCACACCUCAGGGAGUGGCCAUGAGGGCUGGGGUCCUGACCGACGAUCUCUUGGUUGAAGUGAACGGAGAAAACGUAGAGAACGCCAGUCACGAGGAAGUGGUGGCGAAGGUGAAGAAGGCGGGGAGCUGUAUCGUGUUCCUCCUUGUGGACAAGGAGACUGCCAAGCACCAUGAUGAACAGAAGACACAGUUCAAGAGGGAAACGGCCAGUUUGAAACUGCUGCCCCACCAGCCCCGGGUGGUGGAGAUCAGGAAGGGAAGCAAUGGCCAAAAAGCCUACAGCCAAAAAGGCUUUAGUUUCUGUCUCCUCACGCCUUAUAUACCUUUCUCUGCCUAG